AUGGUUCUGAGUGGGGCGUUGUGCUUCCGGAUGAAGGAUGCGGCCUUGAAGGUGCUUUAUCUGCAUGACAACCAGCUUCUAGCUGGAGGGCUGCAUGCAGGGAAGGUCAUCAAAGGCGAGGAGAUCAGUGUUGUUCCCAACCGGUCUCUGGAUGCCAAGCUGUCUCCAGUCAUCCUGGGAGUCCAGGGAGGGAGCCAGUGCCUGUCGUGUGGGACAGGGCAGGAACCAACUCUGAAACUAGAGCCAGUAAACAUCAUGGAACUCUACCUUGGUGCCAACGAAUCCAAGAGCUUCACCUUCUACCGGCGGGACACAGGACUCACCUCCAGGUUCGAGUCAGCUGCCUACCCGGGCUGGUUCCUCUGCACGUUGCCUGAAGCAGACCAGCCUCUCACACUCACCCAGCUUUCAGAGGAUGCCAGCUGGGGAAACCCCAUCACAGACUUCUACUUCCAACAGUGUGAUUAG